UCGCACGCACGCAAGGCAAGCGCAGGCACAACAAGGAAUGGGGGCGGCGAUCCAAGCAACUACUCCAACCAUGUCGCCGCGCCGUACACUCGUCGCCAUCCUCCUCGCCGCCGCCGUCCUCCUCGCCUCCGCUUCCUCAACGCAGCCGCCGCCUCCAUGCAGCCGCUCGUGCGCGGCCCUCAACUGCGACUCCGUGGGGAUCCGCUACGGCAAGUACUGCGGCGUGGGAUGGAGCGGCUGCGACGGGGAGGAGCCCUGCGACGACCUCGACGCCUGCUGCCGCGACCACGACCACUGCGUCGACAAGAAAGGUCUGAUGAGCGUGAAAUGCCAUGAGAAGUUCAAAAACUGCAUGAGGAAAGUGAAAAAGGCAGGCAAGGUUGGGUUCUCCGUGAAAUGCCCGUACGAGAUGGCCAUGGCAACAAUGACUCAAGGGAUGGACAUGGCCAUCAUGCUCAGCCAGUUGGGCAGCCACAAGCUGGAACUCUAGCAGCUUCGCCUCUGGGCAGGUUGCAUCUCACUUGACUGAAUGAAGAUCAGAAUUUACUACCACUUGAUUGAUUGAUGUGUCGUACGUAGCUUAUUGUUUCAUUGGAGGGGGAUGCAUAGCUUAUUUUUGGACUACCAAAUUGAAAAGGAAGAAAACAAUUUUUUCUGUUUUGUUUUUAUUUGGCCCCUUGAACAUUUUAUAUUCCCAAGCAGUGUGUUUCAACAUACUGACUGGCAUGUAAAUGGACAAAAGAAAAGGGUACAGAUAUCU